AUGACAUCUCCAUCGGCGUGGACCAGGUUCAGUUCUCCACACUUCGUUCCAAGCUUUUAUCCAUCCUGUCACCAGCUUCCAAAAUUGCCUCCCAACAAUCCUAUUGUGAUACAAGAUGUGGAGGAGGCCGAUGAGGAGGGUCCCGCCUGCCCGGAGGCCAAUGAGGAGGGUCCCGCCUGCCCGGGGGCCAAUGAGGAGGGUCCCGCCUGCCCGGGGGCCAAUGAGGAGGGUCCCGCCUGCCCGGGGGCCAAUGAGGAGGGUCCCGCCUGCGCAGAGGCCAAUGAGGGUCCCGCCUGCCCGGAGCCAAAGACUGAAAAUCCUGAACUUCAAGAUUCUGCACAAGAACAGAUCGGGCGCCCUGCAGAGUCGGCGUGCAGUACACAUGUAGCCGCCUCACCCAGAUCACAUCACAGGUAUGAUGCGAAUGAAGACAGCAGUGAUAGCGAUGUUGCGGUCGUGUUGCCUCAGAAACCGAAACGCCGGCGACUCCUUCCUGGAACCGUCCCCAUCAUGUCCAAUGUGUACUCCAAUAAGGUGAACAGUUCCCUGAAGCUCCUCCCAGAUGACGUUGGCACGCUAGACGAGCUGGAGAAAGUGCUGAAGAAACAGCAAGGUUGUGAAGACCUUGGGAAUGAAGCAAAUGGAACCCCUCCCCCGGUGAAGGUGUCAACGCCCCGACCUGUAGUAUUAUCAGACACUGAGGAUGUGGACGGCCAGCAGCCUGAAGUCGCACGAGAACGUAUACGCAACUCCUCUCCCUCACCGCCUCCGUCUCCGAACACCCCGGUAGCCAUAGGAAAAGGAAGGCAACGUGGUCUCAAACGUAAAAUAAGGAAGAUGGAAGCCUGCCUGCAGGAUCUGGGCACCGUCCUCUCCCCAAAUCGCAACUACAUUUCCGAGGACAAUGAUGUGAUCAUGGUGGGGAUGAGCCCUGUGCCGGAGCUGACGAUAAAAGUGCGUCGAAGAGGAGAGAUCUUUCGUAUAAACAUCCGUGUGACAGACUCCCUGCAGAGACUGGUGGAACUGGUGGCCUUGCAUAUCAACGCGAACCCUUCCCAGAUAUUGCUGCUGCGGGGAGACGAGGAGCUGAACCCAGAGGAGACUGCAAAGUCCCUUAAUCUGACUGUGGCUGAUAUCAUUGACUGCAUGGUCCUUUCCAGUUCUGGGGGACAGGGAGCCGAUGGGGAGAACGGAGAGGAAAAGAUCUGCCUGAAGAUCCAGGGAAGGGACAAACAGUCCCAGCUCACUGUCACCAUAGGGAAGAACGAACCUAUGAAGUCUCUGAUGGACCAGUACAAGGCUGCCAUGGGUCUCUCUAAGAAAGUUUGCUUCAUGUUCGAAGGGAAGAAACUAAAGGCAAAAAGCACAGCCGAUCAGCUUGGCUUGGAAAGCGAGGACAUCAUUGAGGCCUGGGCCUGACCGCACGUUGGCUUUCCCAUUGCGUUGUCCUACACAGCUCAGGUAUCCGGAGCGUACAUGGAAGUUUUUCCGUUCGUUUUUUCCUUCAAUGUAUAGACUUUACGAAGACUGCCCACAUCCGUUCAUGACACUGAAGAUGAACUAUCGCCUUCCAUGUGUAAUGUUGCCUGUCCUCUUCAAGGCACAGCAACAUUUACUUGAUUUUUUUUUUUUUAUAUGCAUCUGAAAAUAAAAAUGUUUUUUAGAAUUCUUAAGCGCGGCCGAUUUCAAACGGCAUAUUUCAGGAUCUCGUGUGCUGGGUUGAAAUUCGUCUUUAGAAAGUGGGAGCUUGCUCUAAAAACCCAAUGGAGCUGAUUUACCUAAAACUGGAGAAUCUGGUGCAGCUUUGCAUGGUAGCCAGUCGGCGUCUAAUUCAGCUUGUUCAAUUUAAGCUUUGACAACAAAAAAAACCUGGGAGCUGAUUGGCUUAUAAGCAGAGCUGCACCAGAUUUUGCGCACUGCAGUUUUCGUAAAUCGACCUCAUUGUCCUUGGCUACUUUUGGUGGUGCCGAGAUACUAUUGCUAAUGACAAUACAUUAAGGGCUCUUUCACACGGAGCGGAUCCGUAUUGAUCCGCUCCGUUGGCCCGUUUGG